AUGCUUCUUUUUCUAGAAGAAGGGAAUCCAAAAAUCGGCAAUGAAAUGAGGGCUAAUGAUUUUGAUAUCGCCUGCGUAUUCUACAAAAGUAACACAUACACUUAUCAGGCGAAGCAUGGUCCUUUCUCUCCUGAAAAGGUGCCUGAUGUGGGUAUUUUUGAUUUCAUCGGAAAAGAACGUCGUGCGAAAUGGCAAUCGCUGGGAGCGAUGUCUAGGGCAGAAGCCCAGGAUACCUUUGUCCAGUCACUUCUACAAAUUUGUCCUCUCUUCGCGGCUCAUCUCGAGGCGACUGAUGCGAUGUCUUACCAGAAGGGAACUAGUUUAGAAUCUCAGGAAUGCAAUGAUCUUCCACCUACUGCUGUCCACGGUUUGACUAGGUCUCAGAUUCGUAGCGCAUUAAAUGCUCAAACUUUGCAUCAGUUUCGGGCUUAUGCAGCUCAGUAUUACCCUGACAGCAACGCCAAGCAAGAGGAACUAAUCGCACAACUCCAGGAUCGCCACUUUCGCCAGUACAUGAUCUAUGUAUCUCGGAAUCCACCUACUCCACCUGGAGGUAUUCCUUCGCAGAAUUUGGAGCAGCCAUCGCCGAACAAUAAACCUGGCUCAGACCAAAGUCCUCCCCAUCCUUGGGCCGAAGACCAAUCUAACAGACUCACUGUUCCUAAAUCAACUAAGGAUGGAACGGCAUCAAGUCCCGUCAGUAAACAUCGGAGAAAUGGGAGCGAUCUCUUGGCUCAUAUCCCUGAUGGAGGGAACCACGUGGCAGUACCUCAAAUGUGGACGAGGAAUGACAUCAACGAGUUCAAGGCGCUACUCGGCAAAGAUCCCGAGUCUGUCAUCAACGUGGGGAGUGGAGAAUUGAUUACAAUCCGCGUCUCCGUUGUUCCAUCCGGCAACAGUCUUGUGUGGGAAUUUGCCACAGAUGACUACGAUAUCGGUUUUGGUCUGAGCUUUGAAUGGCCUGCAGACUCUAAAAUCCCAACUAGUAACUCUGCAGGUGAAGACGAGCAGACGGUCCCAACUGAGAAGCCGUUCAAGGCGCCCUGGAGUCUUAUUCAGGGAUCAUCUCAGCCUCCUGAAAAAGGCGAGAACUCGUCGCAUGCCACUAUUGAGGAAUUAAUCCCAGUUUAUCGGAGGACAUCCCAUAUGGAGGUGUAUUGCGGUUCUCAUCACUAUCCGGCAUCUGGCGGAACAUACCUUCUUAAAUUCGAUAACACCUACUCUCUUUGGCGAAACAAAAUCCUCUACUAUCGAGUUUAUUGUACACAAUGA